CUCCCCUCCAUCUCCUCCUCCUGCCCUUGCCGCCGCUCCGAUCCACCUGCCGUCUCGCUCCAGCCACAGCCCUCACGAACUCACGAGCAACGCACGGUGCUCCCAGCGCGCGUCAACGACAUGUCUUUUGUCAAACUCAGCAUCUUCGGCACCUCCUUCGAGGUCACCACCAGAUAUGUCGACCUCCAGCCCGUCGGAAUGGGCGCGUUCGGCCUCGUCUGUUCCGCAAAGGACCAGCUGACAGGCUCAUCUGUCGCGAUCAAGAAGAUCAUGAAGCCGUUCUCGACCCCAGUCCUUUCCAAGCGCACAUACCGCGAACUCAAGCUGCUCAAGCACAUACAGCACGAGAAUAUCAUCAGCUUGAGCGACGUCUUCAUCUCCCCCCUCGAGGAUAUCUACUUUGUUACCGAGCUCCUCGGCACUGAUCUCCACCGACUGCUCACCUCGCGACCUCUCGAGAAGCAAUUCAUACAAUACUUCCUCUAUCAGAUCUUGCGCGGCCUCAAAUAUGUGCACUCUGCUGGCGUCGUACAUCGCGAUCUCAAACCGAGCAACAUUCUCAUCAACGAGAACUGCGAUUUGAAGAUUUGCGACUUUGGUCUCGCGCGCAUACAAGACCCUCAAAUGACGGGCUACGUCUCCACGCGCUACUACCGCGCCCCCGAGAUCAUGCUCACAUGGCAAAAGUACGACGUCGCGGUCGACAUCUGGAGUGCGGGCUGCAUCUUCGCCGAGAUGCUCGAGGGCAAGCCGCUCUUCCCGGGCAAGGACCACGUCCACCAGUUUUCGAUUAUCACAGAACUCCUCGGCACGCCCCCGGAGGACGUCAUCCAGACCAUCGCCAGUGAGAACACCCUUCGGUUCGUGCAGAGCCUACCAAAGCGCGAACGCGUGCCGUUCCAGGAGAAGCUAACCAACAGCGACCCCGUCGCCGUCGAUCUCCUCGAGAAGAUGCUGGUCUUCGACCCGAGGAAACGCAUCACGGCGACCGAGUCGCUCGGGCACGAGUACGUCGCGCCGUACCACGACCCCACCGACGAGCCAGAAGCGGCGGAGAAGUUUGACUGGAGCUUCAACGACGCAGACCUCCCCGUCGAUACCUGGAAGGUCAUGAUGUACAGCGAAAUCCUUGAUUUCCACCAGGUCGGCGACCGCGCGCUGAACGGCGUCGUGCCCGAGGGCGCGCUCGCAGGGCCGGACGACAACAGCGCGGUGCCCGUAGCGGCAGAGUAAACGACGAACGCGCAAGCUGGGUUGUAACGUUGCAGUGUAUUCUUCCCUUGUAGCAUGUCAUGAAUCUCCCCGAGGACCUUUGCUUAGAUGACCGCCCCGCCCCGCCUCCGCCUCCGCCUCCCGCCUUGCCCCUCUUUUCCUCCGCCGCGCGUGUUCGCGCUCGCGCCCACGCUUGCCGCCGCCCCCGCUUUCGCGAUGUUCGCAUCCCAACCCAUACACGAUCUGUAAACAUGGCGCAUCUACCCCUGUUGUUGCGGUAUCAUACUAGUACCUCUCUCCUACGUGGUCCGUGUUGUAAUGUCCCCCGUCCCCGCGUUUUACCCGUCUUGAAGCCACCGCGUUCGUAUCUCUGAUGUCAUCUGUGUCUUGUGCCCGCG